CCUCCUCGCCCCCCGCCCCGCCCCUGUCCGCCGCCACCUCGGGUCGAUCCGUCUCUGGCCUGAGGCGCCGCAUCACACCUUCGAUGAAUUUGAAGGGGCGUUCUCCCUGUUGGUUGCUUGCGUGGUUGGGUCGCUUGGGUUGGUCGGUUGAUUGGCUCAUUGGUCGGCAGCUUGCAAUCCACCGUUCCCGCCCGCAGCCACCGUGGCUCAGGACCGUUCUUGGUUCGAGGAGCUGCGCAGGCCACCUUCCUCGACCUUCGACGUGCUUAGUGAUUUCUGAUGACGCUGGUCGUUUCUCAACCUCAGCAAUUGGAAGAGGACCGUGUCGUCUGGCCCCUGGUCUGUCUAAAAAGCAAGGGGGGUGGAAAACGAAUCUUAUGGAAGGGGCAUAGAAAUCCAUUGACCAGUCAUUGGAACAAUUACGUCAGAGGUUUGAGUCACCUUCGAUUUGUUUCGACAGUCCCGCGCAGGUCGGCGCAAUGGAGAAGGCGAUCCUUGGGUUGCAACUCCCUGGAAUUUCAGUCUGUUGUUGGCCCUCGAGCCUGUCUUAAUCUGUCUUGAUCCGGCUCGAUCCAGCGUCGUAUGGCUUAAGUAAUUGUGUCCCAUGGUUGAUUGAAGUCGGCGUGUGUUCAUGCAGUUUAGGAGCUCCUAAUCGUGCCCACGAAGACCUCCUGGGAGUUGCCACCUAUUCAUCCGUCGCAUCGGCAUAAUUUCUCGGUCUGUUCAAGGCCCAGUUAUCUGCGGUGCAGCAGCAAUGAGUAUGUCAUGAGCGUCCUCCACAGAGUCAUCAGCGUUCUACAACCUGUCUGCAAAAAACAUCGAUGGUGACGAAGUUGCGUUUGAUCGUUUUCGUGGGAAGGUGGUACUAAUCGGCAACGUCGCUAGCAGAUGAGGCUUUACGCAGACCUAUUACAAAGAGCUGAUUCAGAUGAGCAAGGAUGCUGGCUCUGAGGGUCUAGUGAUUAUGGCAUUUCCAUGCAACCAAUUUGGAGGACAAGAGCCCGGUAGCAAUGCUGAUAUCAAAGCGUUCGCUACCAAGCUAGGCGUUCCCGACAAUGACAGCUUCAUGAUGAUGAACAAGGUUGACGUUAACGGCCGUGAUACUCAUCCAGUUUACCAAUUCUUGAAGGCUGCCACCGCAGACAGCAGUGACAUCAAAUGGAAUUUCGCAUCGUAUUGGCUCGUCGACAGGUACGGCUCUGUACAGCGAUUAAAAGGUGCUGGCACGACGCCUAAGAAGUCUGCAGAGAAGGUGGCAGCUGCCCUGUCUGCCGAGUAAAAAGUUGGGUGCUGCCGGAGUGAUCUCACACCCAGGCGAUUUGGGACAACAGGGUGCAGUUGGUUGACAUGCAUCGCAGUACAAUGACGUCAAGGUCAUGGGUAUCUUUCCAACCCAUCGCUUCUGGUGGAAAUUCCUGUAGCAUGAUGCCGGCAUGCCGUUGUCCUCAUCUUUUUCUACCUUGAAGAGCCAAUAGCCCUGGAUCUCGCAGGACAAAAGCAUGCGAACGGAGUCUCGUACAAAAGAGGGGGCACGGCGGAGUGCCCGCGGGAUACGGCCCCGUGCCAAUCGCC